AUGGGCGAUUACUUCAAGUCAUCCGAUUCACCGGGAGAUGUUCCCAAAGAUAUCAAGGCCUACCUGGGCGUACUUGACGAAUUCAUCGAAAAAGAGAUAAAGCCGUUACAGGCGUCCAACGACAACGAACGUUUCUUCGACCACCGUAGAGAGUGGGCCAGAACUGACUUUGAGAACGGUGGCCUUCCCAGACAUGAGUGGGAAGUCUUGCUCCAUGAGAUGAAAGUCAGGGCUGACAAGGCUGGUCACUGGCGUUUUGGUUUACCUGCCGAAUUCGGUGGUAAAAACGGUUCAAACUUGGCCAUGGCUAUUAUUCGAGAAUACUUGGCUCACAAGGGAUUAGGUCUCCACAACGACUUGCAAAACGAGGCUUCCAUUGUUGGAAACAUCCCCACUGCACUGAUGCUCCGAGACUUUGGUACUGCAGAACAAAAGAAGACCUUGAUGCCUGGUGUUUUGAAUGGAGACAUUCGCAUCGCCUUCGGUUUGACCGAACCUUCUCACGGAUCGGAUGCUACCUGGAUGGAAACUCGAGGUGUUAAGGAUGGAAACGGUUGGCGCAUCAACGGUGCAAAGAUGUGGAACACUGGUCUCCACGUUGCCACCCACGACUUUGUCUUUGCCCGUACAUCCGGCAAAGAUGGUGAUGCAUUUGGUAUCACUUGCUUCAUCGUCCCAACCAACGCUCCUGGUUUCAAGAUUGAGGAGUACUUGUGGACUUUCAACAUGCCCACUGACCAUCCCCGUAUCUCUCUAACUGACGUUUGGGUACCCGCCGAUGCCUACUUGGGCGACUUCAACAAUGGUUUGGCUUUGGCUCAACUAUUUGUCCACGAAAACCGUAUCCGUCAAGCCGCUAGUUCUCUUGGUGCGGCUCAAUACUGUAUUGAUGAAAGUAUCAAGUACUCUAAACAACGACGACCAUUCGGAAAGCCAUUGUCUGUCAACCAAGCCAUUCAAUGGCCCUUGGUCGAACUCCAGACCGAAUGUGCUAUGCUUCGUCUGUUGAUUCGAAAGACUGCUGCUGACAUGGACGGCAUGCCUAAGCCCCACGUCGCUGAAUUGCUCAGUGACAAGGUUGCCAUGUGUAACUACAAGGCCAACCGUUUGGUGUGCGAGGCUGCUGAUCGCGCUAUGCAAAUCCACGGUGGUAUUGGUUACUCUCGACACAAGCCUUUUGAACACAUCUUCCGUCACCAUCGACGAUACAGGAUCACUGAAGGAUCAGAAGAAAUCCAAAUGCGUCGUGUCGCUCAAUUCAUGUUUGGAUAUGACGCCAAGAAAAAGGCACAGCUCGAACAGCGUUUGGCCGGUGCCAACAAGCUCUAA